AUGGGUCAGGCUCCGGCCAAGGAAGAGGAUUUCGCAUGGGCCUACACAGAAGAGCCACAUGCAUCUAGGCGCAAAGAGAUGCUGGCGAAAUAUCCUCAGAUCAAGGAACUGUUUGGACAAGACAAAGCAUUCAGACCCGUUGUCGUUUGUAUGGUUCUUGCUCAGAUUGUUUUUGCAUAUUUACUCCGUGAUUCUGACUGGCUUUUAGUCGUCCUUCAAGCAUAUUUUGUAUCGGGAACUAUCAACCAUUCCCUGACACUUGCUGUUCACGAAGUUAGUCAUAAUCAAGCAUUUGGAACAAGUAGACCUCUUGCGAACCGUAUCUUUGGAUUUAUCGCCAACCUACCAAUGUGUAUUCCAAUGUCAAUAUCAUUCAAAAAGUACCAUUUAGAACAUCAUCGUAAUCUAGGAGAAGAUGUGAUUGAUACUGAUGUGCCCACUGAGUUCGAAGCGAAAGUUUUCCGUACAUGGCUCGGAAAGAUGAUAUGGAUGAGUCUUCAACCACUUUUCUACGGGAUUCGACCUUUUAUGCUUUACCCGAAAUCCAUGACUGAUUUGGAACUGAUUAAUGUCGCAAUUGAAUUGGCGUUCAGUAGUUUCAUCUAUACUCAAUUUGGACCAAAAUCAUUCUUCUUCUUGUUUGGAGGACUUGUUCUUGGAAUGGGAUUGCAUCCAUGUGCUGGCCAUUUUGUUUCUGAACAUUACGUUUUCAAGAAGGACCAGGAAACUUAUAGUUACUACGGACCAAUCAAUAUGGUAGUCUUCAACGUCGGUUACCAUGUUGAGCAUCACGACUUCCCCUAUAUUACAGGAUCGAAUCUCCCAAAGGUCCGCGAAAUCGCUCCAGAAUACUACAAAGACUGGCAAACUCAUGGAAGCUGGGUAGGUAUGAUGGCGGACUUCAUCUUCAACCCGAAAAUGACAUUGCGAAAGAGAAUCAAAAGAAAAUAUGCGAAGCCCGAUCAAUUCUCUUUCUAUGGAACUGGACCGUAUGAGACUAGCCAUGUUUAUCAGUCAGUUGCCAAUGUUAUCAACACAUUGACUGGAUUCGGAGGGCAGAAGUCUGUAGUCAAGUGCGACUGA